CCACAGCGGAAGCUCAGUACACCUGAAAUUAUCUGGAGCUUCUGCAGUGCUGAGGGCAGGGAGAUCACACACUCCUUGGGAGGGCCAUCAAGCUGCCAACACAAAAGUAGUUUUCUGGAGGAGAGUGGUGCACCCCUGGCUGGCUUGGAUUAAGGGCUGAUAAGGGUUAACAGUGUUUGCUCCUCUCUCCAUCUCACCCCCUCCUCCUCACUGUGCAUUUCAGUCCCAGACCCCGGGCAGGCAGUGCUGGGAUUAGGCUGCAGGAGCAGUCUGGCUGACACUCGGUGCAGAGCAGCGUCCCGGGCUCCGCAGCCAGCACAGCCCGACUGCUGCACAGCUCCAGCAGAGCAAGAGCUGGAGCAACAACCACCAGGGCUCAGGAGACUGCAGAACUGGGCAACUUUAAAACAACCUUUGAAAACACACAGCUGAAGAAAAUACCAAAAUCCUGUUGUAUUUUUUUAUUUUAUUUUAUUUUUUAGUUUUCUUGAAGGACCACGAGCAUUUAAGUUGCUAUGUCUGCUCAGGAGCCAUAUGGAAAAAUCAGUUCUGUCCUGUUAAACUGGUUGCACAGUUUUGAUUUUCAUCUGCCUACAGAGAUCUGAAAAGUCUAUGUUCUUUUAUGCUUUUUUGGCAAAGAAAGCGAGUGCUCUGAGGAUCAUCUAGCCAGGAACACAAUAGAAGAAAAGCUGAGCUCCUGUGGUAUCAAUGUGGCUUGCAAGAUCCUGUCAUUUAAGCACCAGGAAGACUUUUUAAAAUCCACUCCAAAGCACAGAGCAACUCAGAUUCCACUGUCAAAGUACUGAAGAUGUCCUGGUUCUGGAUUUACCUUCCUCUCCAUCUUCUCACAGCGACUUCUUUGUGCCAUUCUAUAAAAGCACCCACCACCAGUUCCCAACAGAGCUUCAAGACCAAUCUCUUCAGUUUCUACCACUCCCUGAUACUUGCAGAUGGUAAGGAAACUACAAUUCACCUGCUGAAGGAUAUACCCAAAAGGUACUACUUUGUUUUGGAAGAGGGCAGGGUCCUUGCCCCUUUCUCAAUAACUGUGACGCCCUGUGAUGUUCCCAUUGAAUGGAGCAUACUUGUGUACAAGUCUCCACCAGGAAAAACAACACCAGGUGACCAUGAUACACAAGAGAUCUCCAAAUCUCAGAAGGCUUCAAGCAUGGUGUCCACUAUCUUCAACUACAAGGGAAAUUCUGUAGAGACUUACAUGGGAAUGUCUUCCCAUUCUGCCCUUUACCUGCUCGAGUUCUUAUCCACCGAGCGAGACACACACAUUACCGUGUACUUAACAACUGACACCACCUCUGGGCACCUCUACCCAGAGCUUCCCAUGGACCCACGCAUAGAUGUCAUUGGCAUCGGCCAUACAACAGUGACUCUGGCCUGGAAACACAGCCCUUCUGUCUUGCAGCACAGGGAAAGCAUCCAGUACUGUCUCCUAGUUAAUGAAAAGCACAAUUAUAAGAGCUUGUGUGCUGCUGAGACAGCCAUCAGGUCCUCUGGAAUGAAGCUGCCCCCCACACUGGCUCUGUCCCUCUCUCCAUACCUUCUUGAGCCACAGCAGGUGAUGAUAUUGUCCAACAGCGAACUGAGCAUCAUCAACAAAGUGAGCAGUGGGGAAGUCAGGCAGGUGUGCAUGGGCACCAAGAACACUUACACAGUGCCCAAUCUCAGCCCCAGCACUCAGUAUUACUUUGAUGUUUUUAUUGUCAAUCUCCUUACAAAUGCCAGCGCCGCAUACACUGGGACAUUCGCCAGGACCUUAGAAGAACCUGAACCCAAGGUGACAGAGCUGAAAGAUGGCAAAGUGGUUCAUGUGGUCCUGGAUGGGAAAAAGCAGAAAUUCUACAGUCUGCAGUACCAGGCGAGGCACAAGAAAAUCCAUUUCACCUUUCAGCUGUGUCAGGGCCAAAUACGGGUUCACAUAGCAAGAAAUGGCAAAACAGUGGCAUCAGAAAAUCUCUCUGGGCUGAGGUAUUUCUCCCUGAAGGGAAAGCCACUGGACACCUAUUUGGUGCAGCUGAGGUCCACAGAGGAAUCUAACUCUUCUGUGAAGGUACUGGCAUCCCCCCAUUUCCACAAGCCCUUAUUUCCACUUCUUCCAGAGAGCUUAAAAAUCAAGUCCUUCAGUAAACUGAGAACAUGCAGGUCUGUGACCAUUGCCUGGCUGGGAACACAAGAGGAGAGCAAGUACUGUGUGUACAGAAAAAGGAUUGAAGAGGAUCAGAUCUGGAGGGAACUGCAGAGUGCAGACAGGUGCUCUGGGCCUGAAUCUCGGCACAAAUCAGAGAAAGUGCUGUGCAAGUACUUCUAUGAUCUAAACCUCCAGCGAGCCGUCACCACAGAGACCAUCAAAGGGCUGGAGGCAGGGACAUUCUACUUGUUUGAUGUUUAUCUCUUUGGGCCAUCUGGCAUCCCUGUCAGGUAUCACAGCAAAGUUGUGAAGACUAGGAAAAAAUGUUGAAGGAUUUUAGGGGAAGUUUUGAAGUGAGCGAAUGAAGAUCAUUAUCAAAAUCUACACCAAUCCAAGUCAAAAUCCCUGCAGUUUGAGCUAACAAAUUCAACAAAAAUAAAAAAUUUAAAGCCAUAAGAUGCUACAGCAAAACACACCUUGGAUGAUUACACUUCUCUCCUGUGCAAAGUGGGGUGUUUUUUUUCCUUCCCUAUCUCAUUAAAAACAGAGCUGUGAAACAAACUCAUACACAUGGAAAUUGAAUGGCCCAGGAGUACUAAUGAGAAAUAGAUUAGUUACCUAAAAUGCUUCUGAAAUACAGCGCAGAAGUGAUGGGGAAAUACUUCACACACAUCAUUUUCAAGUCCCUGAGAGUUUUCCACUUUCCCUAACUCAUGCAGCUAAUGAGGAACUGAGAGACCCCACAAAUCAGACUGCUCUUGAGAAACAGAUUCCUCACUGCUUGAAGAAGAAAGGAGACAAAAAGAAAUUGAAAAAGCAGUGGAACUGAUGUAUAGCUCCACACACUGAGUAAAGCAGGUUGCACUACAUCUUCCCCUAUUACCUGCAUGCUUGCUUGGUUUCAUGCCUACAGACAAACUGUGCUUGGUUAGAAAUAGACAAAAUUCCAGCCAGUAACUGGCUCUGGAUCUGGCUUUUCUGGGGAGUGUUCAAAUACACUGCUGGGCUACUGCCCAUGGAGGAAAGCAGCAACUGAGGAAUCUUGCCAUAGAAAUAUUCAUCACCUAUAGCCUCUGAUAUCAAGCCCGUGUCUAUGACUCUGUCCCCUGACUGUAAUAUAUUCAUUCUUUGCAUCCUUAAGCCAGCCUAUAUCAAUGACUAUAUUGCUUUGAGAAAAAUUAAGUGUGGUUUUCCUACUAAAUAUCAUGGAAGGAAAAUAUUUGUAGUAAAAAUUCUGACAAAUA